UCGUCUCAGGCAUAUCCUUGGACACCAUUGAAGACUCCUUUGAUCAAAAAUCAAUGAAAAGGAAAAACGGGAACGAAGAUGAAUCCGGAAGUUCGUCACUUUCCUCAGACAAAGGCUCCCAAGAAUCGAGAGAGCCUUGUGAGAUAUGUGGGAGUGUUGGCAUUGCGGGUUUGAUGAUGAUAUGCUUCAAGUGCAGAGAAACACGAGAGCAUACUUAUUGCACAAGGGUGUUUUUACCAUCUGUCCCUCCUAUUUGGCUAUGUGAAGUGUGCCGGUUUUCAUCUCGCAUAUUGCUCAUAUCUGAUGUUGCUGGGGAUCUAAUGGAUUCAGAAACCACUGUUGCUGAUUGUUCCUCAGAUCCAAAGAACUCUAACAGAUCCGGAGUAGAAGAUCACGAAACCACUACAUUAAGAACUAAUGCUAUGGAAGAAGCUGUAGAUGCAGAAAUUUCUUUGCCAGUAAUCCUUCAGGCAUUGACAAGCGACUCUAGAUAUGAAAUCUCUGCAAAUGUCAGCCCAGUGAGUCAUCUACCCCUACAGCCACCUACAAGUCCACUAGCUAAAGAAACUUCCUCAAUAUUCAAUGACACAUCUCAAAUCAAGGAGCAGCACCAACCAUCUCGGGCCUUUCCUAAAAAAACUAGGACGAUUCGGGUUUUGAGCAAACACCUUGCACAACCACAUCAGACUCGGAUCUCUUCUCUGGAUCAAUCUUUAACAGAAAUGCCUCACCAAAGUGUAAACCAAGAACGCUUCAGCUGAUGGGUACAGAAGAAAAGAUCAGUAAAGAGGUCAUAUUUUGUGUGUAUAUUUUAUCAAUUUGAUUGGGAUACAGUUUUUUUUCCUUGGAUCACAAGUUACUUUCAAAUAGUGAGAAUGCACUUCU